UCCGUCAAUUCUUGGAGAAAAUGGGAAGAAUUGCUUUCUUCAGAUCUGGAAACGAACCGAUAUUAUAUGAAAACAAAGGUAUAAAUCAUAGGUUUGCGCAAACGAUCCCAGAUUUAGGUGCAAUGAAUUCGACCAAAACUGAAAGUGAAAGCGAAUCCAGUAGUGAUCAACAGUCGCUUAUUAUACGCGAUAAAGAAUGUGUUAUUUGUAUGGAUCAUCAAAGAGGCACAGCAAAAUAUUUCAAUCAUUUGGACGGAGAAGAAGACGAUGAGGUGAAGGAAGAGUCGAGUGAAUCGUUAGUGGAAAUGAAGAUAGAAUUAGUGAUAGAAUUAGCGAUUUGUCCUAUUUGUCCGUUUUCUCCUUGUAAUUCCCGAAACUUCGGGUUUUCUAGUCUUUUGAACAGAACUAUCGGAUUCUUGACUCAAACUAACGUCAAGUGCUGUUCUGUAAAGCGUUGGUUCGCUUUGAGUUUGAUUAGCGUUUUCGUCUUCACUCAAAUAACUCCACGAUUCAAAAUCCAA